AUAAAAAUAAAAAUCAAAAUCAACCUUGAAUGGAGUGUUAAAAAUGAACCCAUAAAUCAUAUGGGAAGCAAGCACACUAUGCACAUACACUUAAAGAAUUUGUUUCACCUUCAAUUUCCACAUCAUCAUCAGGAAGAUGAUAAAAAAAAGCAUCAAGGUACCAGGGUCAUUGAUCAUUCCAGUCACCCCUGCACGCGGUGGCACGCCAUUUCUGGUCAGCUAUCAUCUCAGGAGAGAGUCCCCAUUCUAGCAUUUAUUCCUCUGUGUGAUUUACAGCUAAGCUGUAUUCUCCAUCACUUUCCAGCUGCAUUACGCGGAACUCGCAGUUGCCAAAAUUGUUUAGGUGCUCAAACUGCUCAACUGUCCACUUGAACCACUUCAUCAGGAAAACACGCGAUGUCAAACCGUGAGAAACAAUUACGAAAUUCAAAUCAUUGGAAGGAUCAUGACGAAGCCUGUUCAUGUGUAUGUCCCUCCACAGAGAUUCAAAGAAACCUACAAACCGAUCAAACAGUGACAAACAUAUAUCAACAAAAAAUAACAGCCAAUGAAAGAGCCAAAAUAAGAAACGGGGACAAGAAGAAAAACCAAGCUAAUAAAUCGAAGAAGAAGCUUACAAUUGCAGAAGCUUUAAAUUUUGAAUCUCAUAUGCAGCAUGCCAAUCCCAAUCCCAAUCCCAAUCCCAAUCCCAAUACCAAUACCAAUACCAAUGCCAAUUCGAGGUCCAAAAGAGCUACCAAGAGACAAGCCUCUCUAUUUUCUUGUUAUUCUUCUGCCCAUGACUUGAGGCAUUUGGAAUUGGAGAAAGAGAAAGAAGACUCAUCAUCACCAAGAGAAGUCUUGGAAGCCUUCAUGAAAGACUUCGUUGACUCUCAUCACGAACAAUCACAUGAAUCUGAAACCACUAGUUCAACCACGAAGACACACUAUCACUGGACCAAAUUCUUCAAACUUUGGAAGAAAAAGUCUUUUAAGCGCCUAGGUUCCAUCCCUCCUCUUAGUGUGCCAAAGCUACCAAAAUGGAAAAGCAAAAGCAGCAGAGAAAACCAAGCUCUAAGUAAGCUAUACAACUUCAGGUCUUCUUGGGUCACUUUCAGCCUCUCAAAACUCAGACAUGCAACCAACAAUUUUAGUGCUGAAAAUAUAAUUGGAAGAGGUGGUUUUGCUGAGGUUUACAAAGGCUGUCUCCAAAAUGGGCAAUUAAUAGCUGUGAAGAAAUUGACUAAAGGGACCACAGAUGAAAAAACCGCAGGCUUUCUAUGUGAGCUAGGUGUAAUUGCUCAUGUUGACCAUCCUAAUACUGCAAAGCUAGUUGGAUGUUGUGUAGAAGGAGAAAUGCUUCUUGUCUUUCAACUAUCUACACUCGGAAGCUUAGGAUCUCUUCUUCAUGGUUCAGAUAAAAACAAAUUAGAUUGGAGUAAAAGGUAUAAAAUUUGUCUUGGAAUAGCUGAUGGUCUCCUCUAUCUGCACGAGUGUUGCCACAGGCGAAUCAUUCAUAGAGAUAUUAAGGCAGAGAAUAUUCUGCUCACGGAGAAUUUUGAGCCACAGAUAUGUGAUUUUGGACUUGCCAAGUGGUUACCAGAACAAUGGACUCACCAUAAUGUAUCAAAAUUUGAAGGCACAUUUGGCUACUUUGCUCCUGAAUAUUUCAUGCAUGGAAUAGUAGAUGAGAAAACUGAUGUUUUUUCAUUUGGGGUCCUACUUUUGGAGAUCAUAACUGGGCGUCCAGCGGUGGAUCAUAUGCAGCAGAGUGUUGUGAUAUGGGCAAAACCAUUGCUUGAUAAAAAUCAUAUCAAGGACCUCGUUGAUCCUUCUCUUGGCGAUGAUUAUGAACGAGGACAGUUGAGCUGUGUAGUUUUGACUGCAUCAAUGUGUAUUGAGCACUCUCCUAUCUUCCGCCCCCGCAUGAGUCAGGUUGUAACACUGCUAAGAGGUGAAGACCAUGUUCUGAAAGCUAAAAAAUCAAGCCAAAGUAGUAGGUCUCUACAAAGAACAUACUCAGAAGAGCUACCAGACGCGCAAGAAUACAACUCAACAAAACAUCUAAGAGAUCUCAAGCGAUUUGAGCAGUUAACAUUGUCUAAAUGAGAGCUAGGGGCAUCAUUAGUUUUUGGGACUAGAAAGAUUGUAUAAAACUUGAGGCACAAACUUCGGUAAUUAAGGGUCAUCAAGUCCAUGGAAAUGAAUCAAAUGAUUAUUGCAUUCAUAAACUUUGCACGAUUAGCUCCCAUCAGGUUUUAAAUGCAAAAAAUAUUAAAGGCUACCUGGAUUUCCAUGGAGCAACUUGUAUAGAUUGUGUUGGCAAUGUUACUUAUUAUGUACACUAUUUAUUGUGCUUAUGUAAAUUACUAUAGGUUGAAUAAAACAUGUGAAUAUUGUAAACUUCUUAAUAUUGUACAUAACAUCAAGGGUUGAUUUA